AUGUCUCAUUAUCAGGAGCACAAUGUUGAGGACAUGGAGGAUGAUUGCGACAUGGAUAAUCCGGUAGAUGACAUGGAUGGUGAAGAUUACCUAGGGCCGGAGGCUAGGGACGACUCUGAUGAGGAGGAUGACGAGGAUGCCGAAGCGAAUAAGGCAUCCGACACAUCAUCUGAAGAAGCAAGACGUGGAAAAGACAUUCAAGGAAUACCAUGGGAUCGCCUGGAACUUACCAGAGAAGGAUACAGGGAGACAAGAUUAUUACAGUACAAAAAUUACGAGAAUGUACCUAAUUCUGCAGAAACAGCAAUGAAGGCAUGCAAAUCUACUGAGAAAGACGGAACAUAUUAUGAGUUCAGGCGAAAUACUAGAUCAGUAAAAUCUACUAUUCUACAUUUUCAGCUGAGAAAUUUAGUAUGGGCUACAUCUAAGCAUGAUGCUUACCUAAUAUCGCAUUACUCGGUGCUACACUGGUCAGCCUUGAGUGGUGUGGACACAGAAAUUAUGAAUGUCGAAGGGCAUAUCGCACCAAGUGAGAAACAUCCAGGAAGUUUAUUAGAAGGGUUUUCUCAGACUCAAGUUAGUACGCUGGCAGUCAAGGAUAAUUUGCUAGUAGCUGGUGGUUUCCAAGGAGAGCUAAUAUGCAAAAACCUGGACCAAGAAGGAAUAAGCUUUUGCUGCAGGACAACAUAUGAUGAUAAUGCAAUCACCAAUGCAGUGGAGAUAUUCAACACCUCUAGUGGCGCUGUUCACUUCAUUGCAUCUAUUAACGACUCCGGUGUAAGAGAAUAUGAUAUGGAAAGAUACCAGUUAUGUAAGCAUUUCCGCUUUGAUUGGCCAGUGAAUCACACGUCUUUGAGCCCUGAUGGGAAGCUUGUUCUCGUUGUCGGGGAUGACCCAGAUGCUUUGCUUAUUGAUGCUAAUUCAGGAAAGACUAUUCAUUCUAUGAAAGGUCACUUGGAUUUCUCAUUUGCAUCGGCUUGGAGCCCGAUGGCCGGACAUUUGCCACUGGCAAUCAAGACAGGACAUGCCGGGUUUGGGAUGCCAGAAAUCUCUCGCAGUCUCUCCAUGUCUUGA